AUGGAUCCUGUAGAGUUAGACGACGAAGAACUUGAGCAGAUACGCCGCUAUGAAGAUUUUACGACGAUAGACUGGAUACAGGACUCAAAAUUGGAACGAAGUCAACGCAUAAGAAAUGCCCGCAACAACUAUGCACCGAGGCGCGGUCCUCGGGGUGAGGUGACGAUACCAUGGGUGUGGGCGCGCGUCCGAGGCGCCGCAGACGCUGCUCAAACCUGGUUCGUAGUGAGUCUCGUCGGCGUAUGCAUUGGAGUAAACGCUGCCAUCAUCUCCAUCGUCAGCGAAUGGUUCUCGGACAUCAAGAUGGGAUACUGUUCAGAUGGUUGGUGGCUGAACCAGCAAUUCUGUUGUUGGGAGAUGGAGGGGGAUGAGGUGGACGGUUGUGAGACGUGGCAUACGUGGAGCACGGUGACGUUGGCGAGGUGGAUUAUAUUUAUCAUGUUCGCGGCUAUCUUUGCUUUCAUUGCUUCGCAUCUUGUGCGCUCUCUUGCGAAAUAUGCUGCUGGUUCUGGUAUAUCCGAAAUCAAGUGCAUUUUGGCUGGCUUCGUUAUGCAAGGUUACCUGGGAUUCGCAACAUUCUUCAUUAAAAGCGUUACACUUCCUUUAGUCAUCGCGUCGGGAUUGUCUGUUGGGAAGGAAGGACCUUCCGUUCAUGUUGCUUGCUGCGUUGGAUCAUUAGUUGCAGGCGCAUUUGACAAGUUCAGACGUAGCCAAAGCAAGACUCGCGAAAUCAUCACAGCGGCAAGUGCCGCAGGUGUGGCCGUCGCGUUCGGCUCUCCCAUUGGCGGCGUUCUAUUUUCAAUAGAGGAAAUGAGCCAUACUUUCAGCAUCAAAACGAUGUGGAGAAGUGUCUUUUGUGCUCUCGUAGCCACCUUCACCCUAUCGGCUAUGAACCCUUUCAGAACUGGAAAACUGGUGUUGUUCCAAGUCACAUAUGACCGUGAUUGGCAUUUCUUUGAAAUUAUAUUCUUCGUCAUCCUCGGCAUUUUUGGCGGACUUUAUGGUGCAUUCGUGGUGAAGUUCAAUCUUCAAGUUGCUGCGUUCCGUCGGAAACACCUGGCAAACCACGGCGUGGCGGAAGCAGUCACCCUUGCGACUAUCACAGCAAUGAUUGGUUACUUCAACCGUUUCUUGAGGAUUGAUAUGACUUCCAGUAUGGCAAUUUUAUUCAGAGAGUGUGAGGGUGGAGGUAAUAUCUAUAAUCUCUGCCAAACUCACGCUCAGUGGCGGAUAUCCAACUCAUUGCUUCUUGCGACUAUCAUCCGCAUCGGAUUAGUCGUCAUCACGUAUGGGUGUAAAGUACCGGCAGGAAUCUUCGUUCCUUCUAUGGCCAUUGGAGCCACCUUUGGAAGAAUGGUCGGAAUAAUGGUCAAAGCGAUGUAUACUGCGUACCCACACUCUGGUAUCUUUAAAUUCUGUGCGCCGGACGUGCCCUGCAUUACGCCUGGAACAUAUGCUUUCCUUGGAGCUGCAGCUGCUCUCAGUGGAGUCAUGAGAAUCACUGUUACUGUUGUGGUUAUUAUGUUCGAGUUAACUGGUGCAUUGACAUACAUCUUGCCAACUAUGAUCGUUCUACUGGUUACUAAAGCUGUUGGCGACUUCCUUGGGACCAAUGGGAUUGCGGACGAAAUGAUUAGGUUUAAUGGAUUUCCUUUCUUGGAGAAAGAGGACCAUGUUUACAAUGUAUCAGUAUCUGCUGUUAUGCGAAAAGAUCUCCAAACUUUGUCAGAAUCGGGCAUGCGUGUCAAGGAUGUCGAGUCGAUGCUAUCAUCGACCGACGUCAAGGGCUUCCCCAUCGUGUCAGCGGAUGGCUCGCUGACUCUCGUGGGCUACAUUGAUAGGAGCGAGCUGCGUUAUGUUCUCGAACGUGCACGAAAGACUAGAGGGAGAUUUUCCCACACACCUUGCUUAUUUACGCCGCAGGGAUAUGAUCAUGACUUGGACCUUGCUGAUGACGGCCUCGAGGACACUCCCGAAAGGUUCUUCGCUCCAACAUCAGAGGGAGAGCUGCAAUUUUGGCCGUGGGUCAAUCAGGUAUUUACAUCUCUUAGCUACUUCUCCCAAUUAAUCAAUCAUCUACAGACACCCAUGACGGUGUCUCCACAACUACCCUUGGAAAUUGUCAUGCAAAUAUUCAAACGACUGGGUCCGCGCGUCAUCUUAGUUGAGGAUCACGGAGUAUUGUCCGGCUUAGUGACGGUGAAAGACGUGUUACGAUUCAUUGCGACAGAGAAGCCAGAGUACAGACCCUCAUGGGAUGAGCGUGGAGGGCUGGAUGGUUUGCUCGAGGAAUUGUGGACGUGGGGCACUAACGUCUUUUCCAGAAUUCUGACUUGGGGCCGCCGGAUUGUCCGACGAUGA